AAUUAUUGCUUCCGGCUUGGCUUUUCCGGUGGAGUCACGGAAAAGGAAAUCCGACAGUGGCACAAAGGAUUCCUGAAGGACUGCCCGAACGGUCUCCUUACAGAACAGGGCUUCAUCAAAAUAUACAAACAGUUCUUUCCGCAAGGAGAUCCAUCCAAGUUCGCUUCGUUGGUCUUCAGGGUGUUCGAUGAAAACAAC